GUAUGUUGAAGCUUAAAGGGGGAGAGUGUAAAAUUUUUUAGUCGUAAAUCCAUUUAUACCAGAGAAACACGAGUUCUCUGUUCUCGGUUUUCGAUUUUCCAUUUUCUUCCCAUUUUGCUCUCUCUCUCUCUCUCUCUCUCUCCCCCAAGAACUAGCUAAACCUCUCGAACCCACAUAGAUUCCAAUCAAUCCCACCACGUAUUGGAGUUCUCGAGUCCUCGAUCGCGUCCAAAGAGCCCGGAGGAAGUGUAUUUCGCAUUUGGAGGCUAGGGUUUUGCUUGAGCUUGGGUUUUGGCCUUCGACCUUUGAGGCUUGAGUCGGCACGAGAACUUAUGAUAUGUCAUGAACAACGAACGAUUGAAAUGGUACAUGAGGACACUUGAUAUGAUACGAAGACACAUACUAGACCCACCGACAGGUGAGGUGCUAAGCAGGGGUCCACGGUAGCCCAUCGAAUGACCGGUAGGGGUCCACGGGAGCCCAUCAAAUGACCGCUAGGGGUCCAUGGUAGCCCAUCGAAUGACCGGCCGGAGCAAUUGCUCAUUGAAUGAUUUUGAGGUGAACUAAAUUCUCAACGAUGAAGAGUACUCGCUCAUGACACUUGACGUAGACACGUGAAUGAGAUAAAGAUUUAUAAGUUGACAUUGUGGGAUUAAAGGAUAGGGGUAUGGAUACGAGUAUUUUAAAUUGGCUUCUUUCCUUCGAGUUUGGAUAAUAUCAUCUUGUUUUUGUUACCAAUAUCUUGUUUUCAUCAUUGUCUUGUCUUGCAUGCGUUAUUUAUGUAUUUGGUCACCUUAUUUGCAUAUAAAUGUAGUGUCAAUUUUCCUACUGGGCUAGUGUAACUCAACCCUUCAUUUUUCAAGUGCGAAUCCGAGAUGAUAGCAUGGUGUGCUUGAUGUGCAUUGUUUUGAGCAUCUCUUGAAGGCUAAUGGGUGAAGUUACUAGGAAUCUGUUGUAAAGGCUCAUUUUGGGAGAUAUCAUACUAUGGACAUACAAGCGAAAACCUUGAGGAAGAUUUCUAGCAGUUAUGAUCGUGAUAAGAAGUUUUGGGCCAUGGCAGUUAGUAAUCUGGAGGAAAAGAUAAAGGUGAUGAAAGAGCAGCAUUUUCAGCUCUCUUCUGAAGCACAUAAAUGUGCCAAUUCAAUUCCCGAUUGGACAAUAAUGAUUUCUGCAGUUCAGUCCCUGGUUUCUCAUUGUGAGGAUCUAAAAGUCAAGUACAAUGAGGAGCAUCAAGAACAAAGGAAGCUAUAUAACCAAGUUCAAGAGGCAAAAGGCAAUAUCAGGGUAUUUUGCCAAUGUCGUCCUUUAAGCAAGACAGAGGUUGCAGCUGGGCAUGCAACAGUUGUUGACUUUGAUGCAGCCAGGGAUGGGGAACUUCGGAUUCUGACGGGUGGUUCUACCAAGAAGAAGUUUUCAUUCGACCGAGUUUACACACCGAAAGAUGAUCAAGUUAAUGUGUUUGCGGACACUUCACCAUUGGCAACAUAGUGUGUAUUCACUUACGGGCAAACAGGAACGGGUAAAACGUACACUGUGGAGGGUACUUAGCAAAAUUGAGGAAUCAAUUAUAGGACCGUUGAGGAGUUGUUCAAAGUUUCCAAGUGUAGGAGUGCCACUUUUACCUUUGAAAUAUCAGUUAGCGUUCUUGAAGUCUACAAUGAGCAAAUCUGGGACCUUCUGGCUAUGUCUCUGCCAUCAAAGAAGUAAAAUUACUUUUUAUAAAUUCCUUGCAUAUGCACAUAGAAUAACUCAACAUAGCUAUUAUACUUUUUUAGGCAAUCUAGAGUAUGAUCACAUUUUAGAAUUUGUGAAGGCAACGUAGCUCGAUUGAGUUAAAAUCACGACAUAAUCAUAUGUGAUACUAUUGUUGUUGUGGUAUAUUAGGUUGGAGAUAAAAGUAGAUUUGGAAGGGUUUCAUCAUGUUCCCGGAGCAGUGGAAGUCAAAGUAGAGGACACAAAUAAAAUCUGGGGUGUACUGCAGACCAGAAGCAGUGCCAGAGCCGUUGGAUCCAAUAAUGUGAAUGAGUAUAACAGCCGUUCUCAUUGGUAAUGAAUUAACCCCUUAAUCUUUUUCUCAUUAUAAGUUUGUUUCGUUUCAUUUCCUUUUUCUGAUUCUUAUUAUUUAACGUUGCUUUCCCUUUUUUUGAGUAUACUUUAUAUUAUCCUAGAAAUAAGUAUAGUUCUUGCAGAAGUAGCACCAUAAGGCGAUAACUGCACGAGUGUUGCUUAAUGCUUUAUUGAUUUACUUUUGCAUCACUCAAGCUAUCACCUUAUGGCGCUAAUUCUGAUUCUGCAUGGACUAUACUUCUACCACGAUACAAAGUAUACUCAAAAAAAGGGGAAGCAACUUUAAAUAAUAGGAAUUAGAACAAGGAAAUGAAACAAAACAAACUUAUAAUGAGAAAAAGGCUACGAGGUUAAUUCAUUACCAAUGGAAACUGCUGUUGCUCAUUCACAUUAUUAGAUCCAACGGCUCUGGCUCUGCUUUUGGUCUGCAGUACACCCCAGACUUCAUUUGUGUCCUCUACUUUGACUUCCACUACUCCGGAAACAUAAUGAAACCCUUCCGAAUCUACUUUUAUCUCCAACCUAAUAAACCACAACAACAAUAGUAUCACAUAUCAUUAUGUCGUGAUUUUAACUCAACUGAGCUACGUUGCCUUAACAAAUUCUAAAAUGUGAUCAUACUCUAGAUUGCCUAAAAAAAUUAUAAUAGCUCCGUUGAGUUAUUUUAUGUGCAUAUGCAAGGAAAUUAUAAAGAGUAAUUUUACUUCUUUGAUGGCGGAGAUGUAGCUAGAAGGUACCGGAUUUGCUCAUUGUAGACUUCAAGAACACUAGCUGAUAUUUCGAAGGUAAAAGUGGCACUCCUACACUUGGAAACUUUGAACAACUCCUCAAGGGUCCUAUAAUUGAUUCCUCGAUUUUGCUGAGUACCCUCCACAGUGUACGUUUUACCCGUUCUUGUUUGCCCGUAAGCGAAUAUACACAUGUUGUAGCCAUCCAACAUAGAGGCACCGUCUGCUUCCUCCUCAGCAGCUGCCUCUCCGGAACCACACAGGUGUUCACCAUCGUCCAGGUCCGCCGUCUCUCCAGCCGCUUUCCUCGCCGUCUAGAUCUCGUUGAGAAGAGUCGCUGGCGAAGCAAGAAUGGGUCGGAGAAGAGCGAAAAGUCGUUUGGCGGUGAAUCUGAAGGGGCCGAUUUGACGUCUUCGUCGACAACUGCUUCGUCGAUGGUGUCCUCCCCAAAUUCACAGGGCUCGUCCUCGUCGAUCCGCCCCAUCCCCACGCUACAACUCCUCGGCACCACCGUGGCCGACGCUGUCGAAUGCCUCCGCAUCUGGUGCCCGCG